GCGGGCGGGCGUCAGGUGCUGGGAGCCCGGCGGGCCGCGAGCGCAGCCACCGCGCUGGGGCCGCCGACGCCGAGUGCCCGGGAUGAGCUUCACCCGGAAAAAGGGUUUCUACAAGCAGGACGUCAACAAGACCGCCUGGGAGCUGCCCAAGACCUACGUGUCCCUGACGCACAUAGGCAGCGGGGCCUAUGGCUCCGUAUGCUCAGCCAUCGACAAGCGGUCAGGGGAGAAGGUGGCCAUCAAGAAGCUGAGCCGGCCCUUCCAGUCCGAGAUCUUUGCCAAGCGGGCUUAUCGGGAGCUGCUGCUGCUGAAACACAUGCAACAUGAGAAUGUCAUCGGGCUCCUGGACGUCUUCACCCCAGCCUCCUCCCUGCGCAACUUCCACGACUUCUACCUGGUGAUGCCCUUCAUGCAGACGGACCUGCAGAAGAUCAUGGGGAUGGAGUUCAGUGAGGACAAGAUCCAGUACCUGGUGUAUCAGAUGCUCAAGGGUCUUAAGUACAUCCACUCAGCUGGGGUCAUCCACAGGGACCUGAAGCCGGGCAACCUCGCUGUGAAUGAGGACUGUGAGCUGAAGAUCUUGGAUUUUGGGUUGGCACGGCAUACGGAUGUGGAGAUGACGGGUUACGUGGUGACCCGCUGGUACCGGGCCCCUGAGGUGAUUCUCAGCUGGAUGCGUUACAACCAGACCGUGGACAUCUGGUCUGUGGGCUGUAUCAUGGCAGAGAUGCUGACAGGGAAGACGCUGUUCAAGGGGAAAGAUUACCUGGACCAGCUGACCCAGAUCCUGAAAGUGACCGGGGUGCCGGGCGCAGAGUUUGUGCAGAAGCUGAAUGACAAGGCGGCCAAAUCCUACAUCCAGUCCCUGCCACAAAGCCCCAAAAAGGAUUUCUCUCAGCUCUUCCCACGUGCCAGCCCCCAGGCCACAGACCUGCUGGAGAAGAUCCUGGAGCUGGACGUGGACAAGCGCCUGACGGCCUCGCAGGCCCUGGCCCACCCCUUCUUUGAGCCCUUCCGGGACCCCGAGGAGGAGACAGAGGCCCAGCAGCCGCUCGAUGAUCCCUUAGAACGCGAGAAACUCACAGUGGAUGAAUGGAAGCAGCACAUCUACAAGGAGAUCGUGAACUUCAGCCCCAUUGCCCGGAAGGACUCUCGGCGCCGGAGUGGCAUGAAGCUGCAGUGACCGUUCUAGCCGGACCCUCAGCUGAGCCCAGGAAUGGCCUCGUGGUACCACCUGCCAGGCACUGCCCCUGGGACCAAUAUUUAUUUAUCACUACUAAAGUCUCAACCCGUCUUGGAUUACAGCCUUCCAAGCAGAGGAUGGAAGGCCCCCUGUCCUUGUGUAGGAAACAGGCUUAGUAGAUGCAGAAUUCAGAGGGUGUUGGUUGGGAGAAAAUAGCUCUGAUCAUAACUGGCCACAUUAAAGCACAUAACGUGGAGAA